AAGCAGCGCACACAGGAGACAACCAUUACAAAUGGUUUGGUAUUUUCAUGUUUAUUUCUUUUAUUUGCAACAGAACAACACGAAAGAGUCAAGUCGGAGACAAUCCACACAGAACUCCAAAAAUGGACUGAACAAAAUUAUUGCUCCCCCCCCCCAAACUUAAUAUUUGGGAGCACAACCUGUGGAAAAAAUAACUGAAAUCAAUCUCUUCCUUUACAACUCUCUAAUUUUGGACCACUCUUCUUUUGCCAGCUGUUCCAGGUGUUUGAGAUUUGAUGCGUUCCUUCGCCCAUCUCCUGUUUUGAGGUCUUUCACAGGAGCUAAAUGGGAUUUAGAUCUGGACUGAAUGCUGGUCACUUCAGAACUCUCCAGUGCUUUGUCUUAAACCAUUUUUGGGUGCUGUUUGAAGUCUGCUUUGGGUCACUGUCCUGCUGUAAGACCCAUGAUGUCUGAUGGAGACCCAGCUUUCUGACACUGGGCCCUACAUUGCACCCCAGAUUUCUUAAAGCCAUGCACAUAAUCAAGACGUCCAGUGCCUGAAGCAGCAAAGCACCCAAAACAUUAGUGAAUCUCCACCAUGUUUGACUUUAUGGACCACUUUCUUUUCUUUAAAGCCCUCUUUCAUUUUCUGAAAACAGAAGAAUGAUUUACCAGAAAGCUCUAUUUUAUUCUCAUCUGUCCACAGGACAUUUCCCCCGAUAGAUUUUGGCUUCCUCAGCAGGACAAUGAGGACAGCGCUCCUCCCAUCCUUAGCUUUUGUCUGUGGGCUCAGCAGGUGAGAGGGAACCUGAAUGUUUUGUUCCGGGCGAGGUUUAUAAAUGGAUCAAAGCCUCCUCCAUCCUGCUCAUCUUCCCACAAAUCCUUCUCCAGACGAUGUUGCGGGACUUGGACCGAGCGAUGUUGUCAAGGCUGCUGGGACUCCUCGUCCUAACCUCCCUCUGCUCAGCCAUGCUGCUACCAAACAGCACCUCCGUGGAGUUCAGCGAAGAGGAGGGCUCCACCAUGGACCCCAACACCUACCAAUGGCCUGACUCAACUGCAUCUGAGUCAUCUGAGUCGCUCCGGGUGUUCGGGCCCAACUUCCCGGGGAUGCCCCCCACAGGAGAACAGGGGCCACCCAGUGGCAACAUGACUCACAACUCUGACAAUUACAGAAUAAUCGGGGGCACUAACCCGGGGAUGCCCCCCAUUCCUGAUAUGGCGAUCUGUGACAUUCUGAUGAACUCACCGGUACCACCACCUAUCGACCAGAUUCCUUUUUUCUGCCUCUGUUCGCAGUGUAAGGGCACUGCAGGGCCCAAAGGAGACCGGGGAGACCGGGGCCCUCCAGGUGCACCUGGGAGUCCUGGAACAAGAGGAAUGAUGGGGUUCAAAGGCCGUCCAGGAUUCACAGGCCCUCAGGGGAUGAAGGGUCAGAAGGGAGACUUGGGGGAGAAGGGGCAGUCGGGUGCUGUCGGUUUCACCGGGGUGAAGGGCGAGCGAGGCUUCAAAGGGGAAAAAGGGGACCGUGGACUGGAAGGCCCAGCAGGUGCACAAGGCCCCCAGGGAGAAACCGGCACAUGCCCUGCCUCCUGCGAGACUAUGCCGGGUCCACCGGGUCUACAAGGUACCCCUGGACCAGCCGGAGCCCGGGGCCUGCCUGGGGUUGCGGGACUUACGGGACCCCAAGGUUUUAAGGGUGAUAAGGGUGACCUGGGCAAACCCGGCGACCCCGGACUGAAUGGUCAGAAGGGAGAUAAAGGUGUGCAGGGGGUAUGUAACUGCACAGAUGGGGCUAAAGGCAGUGAUGGGAGACCAGGAGAAAAGGGGACUAAGGGAGACAAAGGUGACACUGGUGCCCAGGGUGUACCGGGCCCCAUUGGGCUAAAAGGCCAUGAGGGCAGCAUGGGUCUCAUAGGGCCACCCGGGCCCUGCUCUCCAGCAAUCCAAUCAGCAUUCACCGCAAGCAUCAACCAGUCGUUCCCUGCUCCUAACACACCUGUUCUUUUCCCACAAAUCAUUACCAACCAGCAGGGGCACUUCAACCCACUCAGUGGCAUGUACACGGCCCCCAUCAAUGGCACCUACAUUUUCUCCUACAACCUGGCUGUCGUCGGUACACCUCUUAAGGUCGGCCUGUUCCGCAACUUCUACCCUAUAGUCAGAACAACAGAAAGUACCAGCCAGGCCACCAUAAGUCACACCAUUGUCCUCCACCUCAACAUGGCAGAUAGAGUGUGGCUGCAGGUGAAGGACUCUUUAAACAACGGCAUAGUCACCGACGUCGAGAGAACCAGCACAUUCUCCGGGUAUCUGCUGCACCCCGACUCCUGCGAAUUGCCUGUGGGACGAAAUUUCUUCCCAGUGGUGCCACCUCAUUAUGAUUACAGCUGGGACGGUCCUCCCACCCCCACCACCACCCCUCCUCAUCCAUUGUAGGCUCCAGUCAGUCAGUCACAGCACAGUUAUAGACGAGCAUCCACAUACAGCCAAUCAAACACUGUAUUUAUAACUGCAAGUUUUAAAGGAGGGGUAUUGUAGAAAAGCAGAAGUUACUGUGGUUCUCCUUUCUGUUGGUAUCUGAUGAAGAAGGAAGGAGGUGAUGAUUUUCAAUAUUCAACCUCUACCACUGGAGGACUGAAUCUGGAUCAUUCUAGACAUGGUCGCUGGUCGUUAAAUCUGGUAGGAGAUGAGGGGAGGGGCCAGCCAAAUUAAGAGCCAAUAAGAUUGAUGUUAUCACACUGCAAAAAAUGAAAUAAAAAACAACAAAAAUCCAUGUUUUAAAAGACAUGCUACUCGACUUGAGAUUGACAUUUGUGAUUUUUGGGCGUGAAAACGAAUAUUGGAUGAAUGGCCAAGAAAUUUGGUGAUCCUUGACUAUUCAUACCAUCAUCAGGUCAGAAUUAUAUUUCUUUUAUUUAUUUAUUAUUUGCAGUGUGUGUUAAUAAACUAAAAGCAGCCUGUUGUAUUGGAGUUCUUAAAAAAAGCACUUGGGAAAAACUAUAAGAUAUUUGAUGAAAUUAGGACUAAUUAGAAAAAUUAAGAACAAAUACGAUACAGAAAAUAAGCAGUAAAAUACCCCCCUUUAAAUGUGGAUAUAAAUUCACUCUUAUGAUUCAACACUCACUGAAAUAUGAAAAUGCAUGUAGGCUUACAUGCGCCAGCUUGACAAAUGCAUUUGAUCAUGCACUUGAAACAUGUAAUGAAUGGCUAGAUAGCCAAGCUUUUUCAGUUGACUGUAGAAGUUCAGAUCUGCUUUAAUGGUAAAUUGUUUUAAAAGCCCUUUGCAUCCUCGGAGUAAAUUUAUUUUUAAUCCCCGAGAUCCACUUGCUGCAGUUUAGUUGUAGAGCGCUUAUCAUUUUGCCUUUUCAAAUGUUGAUGAUGGAUAAAGUUUGAUGCUUGAGAAAAGAAAUAUAUUAAAUUGCAACCAAAGCGUCUGCUUCGUUCAAGACUCCUUUAACAUUUUU